AAUAAUGUUAAGAUAUCCUCCGUAGCUGUCCGAGGAAAGAUACGUCGAAUUAAACCCGAUUCUUGAUUCUCCCUUCUUCUGUCUCUGCCCCGAUUGUCAUAAUGAUCGAUGUGCUCUAUCGAUUUGUUCCAGGAGAACGGUUGCCUGUACUCGCACAUACGAUGGGGCGAGGCCUUCGUCGUGGUCUACAGCGUGACGUGUAAGCGUAGCUUUCAGGAAGCCAGGGGACUUCUCAAGCAACUCGCGGAUCUACGCCUGCCGUCCUAUUUCACCGCCCUCCUGCUCGGCAACAAGAGAGAUCUGGAUCACGCUCGAGAGGUGUGCGUAGAUGAGGGCCAACAACUGUCGCUGGCGCACGGAUGUCAAUUUUACGAGGUGAGCGCUGCGGAGAGUCCCGCAGGAGCUGCGUUGGCCUUCCAAGCGCUUCUGCGGGAGGCGAGAUCGGUGCAGCUACUGCGAGCGUUGCCGAUCCGCAGGAAGCUCGGUGUGCACUCAGUCUCGAGGGUCCUCGGUACGAUUUUCGGCAAGAACACCACGAAGGAUCGCAAGAAGAGGCCGUCGUUGAGCAUAUGACGCCUCCUAGGCGCCCUCCUCCUCGGAGGACGAGACGAGCCGGGCAGAAGGGCCGACAUCGUCGUCCUCAGCAGCAACGUCUACUCGAGUCGCUAACGAGGUCCUCGGCAGGAACGAGUCGCCGCCGCUUCGAAUUUGGUAUGAAUUUCCCUUCGAUCUUGUGCCUUUCCGAACUCCGAAGAGAGUGAUCGCGCAAUCGGACAACGCUCGAUCUCGACUUUGGAAGCGCUCUUUUCGCGAGAUCCCUCGUAAUGACGUCGUCGCCGGAGGAAGAACGCGCUCGAUACGAGGGGCGAUCGAGUUUCCGCGGUCUUGCAGCGUUCAGGAUCUGAAGCCACGUGAAUCCAAGGCUGAUUUUCCGGCGUCGUGAUCGCGCGAAUUGUCCGAGGACCUCGAAAGUGCAACUUGAGAGAGCCCACGGGACACCCGAGGUCCCGCGGCGGGAUCUGACAACCUGGACGACAUCCGACGGGUUCCCGAGGCAUCAUCAGGACUGCGAGAAGGUCGUUCCGCUCGUCCGGAGGGCGAAAUCCCCCCCCCCCCCCUUCCCUCUUCGUGAAAAGAAGAACUACUGCGAGUGUUCGCGCGUGCGAUCCUGUUUUCAGCGCGGCAUUGAUGUGUCCUCGCGCGAGCGAGAGCAAUGAGUCAACGCCUCCUGACUGCUCGACAAUCGUUUCUUUUUGUUUUCCUUGGAAUACAUCUCGCGGUGACAUCUCGCAGUGAUCACGAGUGACCGGCAAAGUUGUUCCUGAACACGUUAGUCCUUAAGACGAUCGACGGAGAACGAUUCUUCCGGUCGCGCCUCGCAACCGGUUCCGCGAGUGCAAAUUUUAUAAUUUGGUACGCAUAACACCUUGCAACGCUCACUCGGUGUUUAAGUUAUUACGUCGCUAACUCUAAACAGUAUAAGUCGUCUCGCGUCGUUCCUGCUGCAUUUACAAACGUUCCACAGACGCACUUUAAAAGACAUCCCUACGCAACAAGAGUCGAGAUAGACUUUGAUUCUCGACAAGAACGUUAUCACAGCUUCUCGGCGCCGCGAUUAUCUUUUCAGAAUUAUUUUCCGGUUUUUAUAUUUCAUAAUUUUUCUCUCGCGUUCUGCUUUGCCCCAAGAAUUUUUUCGCGUUCGAGCGAAACGCGUUGUACUGUUUAGAGUUCAUUUAAUUUCUUUUUUUUUCUCUUUCGAUGCUCCCGAACGAAACCCGUGAGUCUUUCAAAUUUCGAUGCUCCCACCAAGUGGAGAAGAUCGCGAUUCGAUUUCCUGCCUACCGCCUUAGCCGUCUCUCGAGAAGUGUUUGCGAGCGGCUCGUCGAGAGCGACCGCGACACCUUCGCCGGGCGUGAUUGAUUCGAUGAUUUAAAUGUUCCUAAAGAAAGUAGCCUAAGUGUAAAUAGCGCACACGUUCGCUUAUCAUACUUCGCGGAGGGAUUCUUCGUGGAGACUCGAGUAAUCGUUAAGAUUUGCAUACGAGAGAAGAGAAAUAAUGAAUGCGAUUGCUGGAACUCCGGACCCAUUAAAAGUUAUCGUUGUCGAAUUGUCAAAUGACUAAGAGGACAACGCGAGGAAGCAUCAUGAAAGCAUCGAAUUCCGGAAGAUUUGGAAAAUUUCCCAUGAAAUUCCAUUCGCUGUUUUAUUGCAUACGGCUUUUGUGAAUUCCUACACGGAAAAAAACUUAAUAUCAAUUCAAGGUUCAUAUUCUCAUAUAUAGAAUGUUCCGCGAAUAAACCGACAAACUUCGUCAGCGUAUUUGAGAGGUCAUUCUGAACAAAAAACGUUAUGUAAACAAUGAAUCAAUUCGGCUUCUUUAUCGAGAUACGGAAGUUGUAUUGAUAUGAACCACAAAUAAUCAGAGGCGUUCAAAUUUAACUUAAUUUUUGUUUAAUUAUUUGUGUGAAAUUGCGUUUAAUAUUGACAUAAUGUACUAAUAUUUACACAUAUUGUUAAAAAUAAGCACUUCGUGGUUUUAUGCAAGUAGACGCUUCCAUUGACCGCAUCCAUACAAUAUCUCAAAAUCAUUGCUAAUAUUAACUCAUAUAAUUUUAUAUGAAGAUGAAACUUACUUAUAUGGAGAAAUUCUAUGUAGUUCAACUAAAAAUAUCAUAUUCUUGUUAUUCAAGAAUAAUUUUCACGAAUUGAAAGGAAAAAGUAUUGAAUAGAAAGAACUAUAUCUUCAAGCUAAGAAUUGUAGUCAGUUUGAAGAUGUUCUUUCUAUUCAAUAUUUUUCUUCUUAAUUCAUAACACAUUCUUGAAUAACAAGAAUGUGAUAUUUUUAAUGGAACUAUGCAUUGGAUGGAUGCAAAAGUUUUAAUGGUUUUGCAGUAGUUGUAAGCAAUAUUUUUAUAUUGCACUAUUAACAGACAUGUUUAUUAUAUAUCGUUAAAAAGGUAACACUAUCAGUUGUCAUUGAAAAAAAAUUAUUUUCGAAAAAAUGCAAAUAAAAAAGCCUGACUUUUUAUAAUAAAACUAGUGUUCUUAAAUAUUUAGAAAAAUUACCUCUGGGAAAAAACCAGUUUUUCGCGACAGAUCAUGACAUUGUAUUACGAGCAUAUCAAGUACAUUAUAUAUAAACAAUCGCGAGUAUAUAUAAGAAUAUGUAUUAUACAUGUGAAGAUAUGAGUCGUGAAUUGAUACUAAUUUUUUUCCAUAUAAAUUUGCAUACAAAAUAGAAACGACUUUUAAUGGGUUAACAAGUAUCAACGAUCGUUCGAAUGGCUGCCAUGUUACACGUCGGUGACGACAAACCGAUUAUCGCGUGUCUCGUCCACUAUUUACCGUAGAAAGCCUUUGGGCGUUUGCCUUUUUGCUAAGCCUUACAAUCGCGCUUCGACGUUUUUGUAAGUCGUCCUUUUUUCUACGACAAACAUAGAGACUACGGUUGACUUUAAGGUUCGCGUAGUUCGUAAACGCUUUUCAGUGUCUUCCGAACGACGUAAAGCUCGUCACACGAUGCCUCUUUUACUAGAAACCAACGUGAUUUUUGACGAUAGAAAACGGUUCUAUAUGCAUACGUCGAUUAAUUAACGAGCGGUGAAUUGCACAACGCUUUUUUUAGCGCGUCGGUUUUUAGUAAAAAAAGUCCACGAGCGCACGUGAGUCGAGCUUUCAAAAGCGGCCUGUCUCGUCCUGAGGCAGGAUUCAGCAGCGAAGUGCGUAUCUCUCUUCUCGCGAUACAUUCCACUUGAAAAUUAGCGUCUAAUGUGUGUGAGUGCGUAAUUCGAUUCCAGGCAGAUCGUCGCUGUAUUCGAAGUGCUAGUCACUUGUUAUCGAGAGGAGAUAAUAAUAAAGGAGCGUCUUU